GCCGCCAUGAUGCUUGUUUGCUUUCAAUGAGUGUGAGAAGGAGGCGGAGGAGGAAGAGAAGGAGGAGGAGAAGGAGGAGGCGGGGGGAACCCGUUCUCCCGUCCGGCCCGCGGCAGGAAACAAAGAGCCAGGCAGAGGCAGCGCAGAGACGGGGAUGCUGCAGCUACAGCUCUCCUAGUGGUCAGCCAUAUGUUGCUUCCAAUGUGGAUUUGACUGGGAGUACUGCAAAUCUGAUGGCAGGGAGUACAAAAUCCAGAGCAGCGUGAAAUUUCCUUAUUUUCCUGGCACAUUCUUACCGGAAUGCCCAAAGAGAAGUACGAUCCACCUGACCCACGGAGGAUGUACACAAUUAUGUCCUCAGAGGAAGCAGCCAAUGGAAAAAAGUCACACUGGGCAGAGUUGGAAAUAAGUGGGAAAGUAAGAAGCCUAAGUUCAUCCUUAUGGUCACUGACACACUUAACAGCUUUGCAUCUCAGUGACAACUCCUUAUCCCGUAUUCCUUCAGACAUUGCCAAGCUUCACAAUCUGGUGUAUUUGGACCUGUCAUCUAAUAAAAUCCGCAGUUUACCAGCAGAGCUCGGAAACAUGGUGUCACUCAGGGAACUCCAUUUAAAUAACAACCUGUUACGAGUCCUACCAUUUGAGCUGGGAAAACUCUUUCAGUUACAGACGUUGGGUUUGAAAGGAAACCCACUUACACAGGAUAUACUGAAUCUCUAUCAAGAACCAGAUGGAACAAGAAGGCUACUGAAUUAUUUGCUUGAUAACCUGGCAGGUACUGCAAAAAGAAUUUCGACAGAACAGCCACCUCCCAGAUCUUGGAUUAUGUUGCAAGAACCAGAUCGAACAAGACCAACAGCCCUGUUUUCUGUCAUGUGUUACAAUGUCCUCUGUGAUAAAUAUGCUACUCGGCAGCUAUAUGGCUACUGCCCAUCAUGGGCAUUGAACUGGGAAUACAGAAAAAAGGCUAUUAUCCAGGAAAUCUUAAGCUGUAAUGCAGACAUCAUAAGUCUUCAGGAGGUUGAAACUGAGCAGUACUACAGUUUUUUCCUAGCAGAAUUGAAAGAGCGUGGAUACAACGGAUUCUUCAGUCCGAAAUCCAGAGCUAGGACAAUGUCAGAACAAGAGAGAAAACAUGUUGAUGGUUGUGCAAUAUUUUUCAAGACAGAAAAGUUCACCUUGGUUCAGAAGCAUACUGUUGAAUUUAAUCAGCUGGCUAUGGCAAACUCAGAAGGAUCAGAAGCAAUGCUGAACAGAGUAAUGACAAAAGACAACAUUGGAGUUGCUGUGUUGCUAGAGCUACGAAAGGAGUUAAUAGAAAUGUCAUCAGGCAAGCCACACCCAGGAAUGGAUAAACAGCUGGUCCUUGUAGCAAAUGCACACAUGCACUGGGACCCAGACUAUUCUGAUGUGAAGCUGGUUCAGACCAUGAUGUUCCUUUCUGAAGUAAAGAACAUAAUUGACAAAGCCUCUCGGAGUCUCAAGCCUGGUAUUUCGGGAGAACAUGCAACAAUUCCACUUGUAUUGUGUGCAGAUCUGAAUUCUCUGCCAGAUUCAGGUGUGGUUGAAUAUUUGAGUACUGGUGGAGUGGAGACAAACCAUAAAGAUUUUAAGGAACUGAGAUACAAUGAAAGUCUCACUAACUUCAGUUGUAAUGGGAAAAACGGAACCACCAAUGGAAGGAUUACUCAUGGUUUCAAGUUGAAGAGUGCCUAUGAGAAUGGCCUAAUGCCUUAUACGAAUUACACAUUUGAUUUCAAGGGUAUUAUUGACUACAUCUUCUACUCUAAACCUCAGCUGAAUAUUCUUGGCAUCCUGGGACCUUUGGACCACCAUUGGCUAAUAGAGAACAAUAUAAGUGGCUGUCCACACCCGCUCAUUCCUUCUGACCACUUCUCACUUUUUGCACAACUGGAGUUGGUGCUGCCUUUCCUGCCCCCGGUAAAUGGAAUCCAUCUGCCUAGCAGGAGGUAGUCAAGUACAUUUUAGAGGGCAACCUCAGUCUAACUUGUAAAAUUGUAAAAUCUGAAUAUAGAGGAGUGAGGUAUGGCCAACAGGGAUCUUUCUUAAUGAUCUUAAUUUUAAAUCUAAUUAUUUCAUAAAGAAAUAGUAAAAGCCAGGUGCUAUCAGACACACAAUUCUGAGCCCAACAUGCUUUAUUUACUGUUAGACAGGGACUGGUGCGUUGACACCUCUCUUAGAUUUGUUACAAGUAAUCUGUUCUAUCCAAUGUAAUAUUUCAUGCCUUGAAAAUAGGGAGUUACUAUAAUAAAUUCUCUUUGCACAGAUAUCUGUAGCACUACUUUUUUGAGGCCAGUAGUAAAACAUCAAAAGACCAUUCUUCCAUACUUCACUCCCUUCUUUUUCAGACUUGUUUGUUUGUAAAAUAUAGAAUUUGAAUUUAGCCUUUAUUGAUUGUAUAUGAACAACAGAAAACCUGAUUUAUGAGAUUUUGUACUUAAAAAAAAAACAGAUUUGGAAAAUGAUUGUAUUGUAAACUAAGGCUAAAUUUUUAUCUGUUUCAUGUGUUAUAAAGGCCAGCUUGUAAAAGAAGUUGCAGCAGGCUUUCUCUGCUAAUGAUUUGCACUGUUAGGGUUUUUAGCCCUUAUGUACUACUUCAUUUUUUAAAAUUGAGAACACUGCUUUUAAAUCUAAAUUUGGUUAAAUGAUAGCAAAUUUCUUCAAGCUAGUUAACAUACAUACAUUUCUUUUCUUUUAACUUAAAGCAACAGCACAAACUUGUUCUUGGAACAGAUAAGCUAAGCAGUGACUGAUUAGGCUUUGUGGAUUGAUAGCUCUUAUCGAUAUCUACAUUCUAACAUUUUUCUGUCAGAAGUGGAACAGCAGAAUAUUGUGUGAAAGCUUUUUAGUUUCUGUGUUAAGUCUCUCAUUUCCUAUCUCCACUGUGCCUGCUUUAUUUUGUUCUCAAUUAGCACUGCCUGUGCAUGCAGAGAGAACCUGUGCAUCCUCUUUUAUUUUUUUUAAAAUAAUGUUAACAUUUUGUGAAAAUUUUAUGAAGAUACUUUUGUAUAAGCUGUGGCAUCUAUUUUUUUUUCCUUUGCAAAGCGUUGAAUAUCACUUUUUGAACACAUUCAGAUGGUGGGUACACAAAUUCUAAGCUUCUGAUACCCAUGCACUGCUUCUUUCAGUGUCAUUGCACAAUGCUGUUUGUUUGGUUUGUUCUCCCCUCUCCACUUAAUACUAUCAUGUGAAGUCCCUUUCAGUUUAAGCAUAUUCCUCAGUCAUUCCUCAGUCAUCAUUCCUUGAAGCUAAAAGUAUACAGUCUUCUGUUCUAUGAAGCAGUGUAACUAGAGAUGCAUUUUCAGUACAGGUUCCCUAGACAACAUUUCAGAUCGAGCAUUAAAGUGACCAAGUCCUAUUCCACAAAGUGUCAACAAAACCAAGGUUGUAGUAUGCCCUCAUAGUGCCAUUAGUGUUUGAAAGCCAAGUACGGUAUAUAUAUAUACACACGGCGUAUGUAUAUAUAAUCUGUCCAUAAAAGGGAAAUUCUAUCUAAUCCUUAGCAAACAUACCUUCAUUAAUAAGUCUGUUUCUUAUUUAGAGAGAGAACUUGGUCAAACUGCUUUUGUUUCAACUGCAGGCAGAGAAACAAAAGCUCUUUCUUGAAUUGAGAAAUUCUGAAUAUAAUGAAUUAAAAAAUGGGUAAUAAUGAUUGAAAAUUUUAUAAAGAAGAAACUAUAGGCACUUAGAAGUGCGCAAGCAUUUUGUUUUGAAGAAUACAAUAAAAUUGCAACAAGUUCAUGUUUAGCAAACAAGCGUUUAAAAUUUUUUUAGUAGGAAAAGUCCAGAUCUUGAAUCCUUGUCUAGGACCUGAUUUUUCUUUUGUUACAUGUUUUUUUAGUUGUGCAAACACCAAACAUGUCCAGUUUAUAAUCAAUACAUCGGAAUGCUGGUAAUAAUUGAUGUAGUAGAUUCAAUUAGUAAUGUUGCUUUUUCUGUUCUUGUUUUUUGGGUUUGGGGGUUAUUUUGUACAAGUGUGAAUAAAAGGUGUUUUACUCAUGUUUCCUUAACAAUGUGUUGGUAAUGUGCAUCAUGACAAUUUUCAGUGGCAAUGGAGCCAAUUUAGCUUGUCAUACCCAGCAACCUAUUUUGUUUCCUGAUUAUCUGGAUUAUUUAAUUGUAUGUCCAGAAAGCUUUAUGGAAGGGAAGCACUUAUUCAUUUUAUAUUCCUUAGAAGGGAUUAAUUUUUCCUUUUAAGCUGGAGCUUGAGUGCACUUGGUAAAUCCUAAAGGUUUAAGCUUUA